AUGAACGAAGAGCUUGAGGCGCACGAGGAGCUUGAGGCAAUUGAAGAAGUUGAGGUGGAUGAAGAGGAGGAUGUUGAAAGAGAAAUUUUUACUUCGGAGAAGAGGAAGAGAAAUAGAAGAAAAAAUAUUAUCUUCUUAAUCUACCACAUCUACCACAUCUACCACAUCUACCACAUCUACCACAUCUACCACAUCUACCACAUCUACCACAUCUACCACAUCUACUACAUCUACUACAUUUACUAUAUAUAUCCCAUUUACCACCAUCUACUAUAUCUACCCACAUCUACUAUGACUAUUAACAUCUACUAUAUCUAUUCAGUAAUUUCUGAAUCAUCUUGCUUCCCGCGCUAG